UGGCCCUGGCCAUUGCCUGGGACAGGAGAGCCAACCUGCCCUGCCAUGCUCACCCACAGCUAAAUCGUACUCCUCACCACCCAGAGAGAGCCAGGGCUGCGAGAGAGAGGGUCAAGUUCAGUAAGGAACCCUGGGGGAAUGUAGCACACUUCACCGGGCUGGGGGAAAUCAGGAUCCCAGACUUAAAUCAGAUCUCACCACAGAGCGGGAAUAAUAAUUAAACGGUAUUUCUAUAUCCCCUCUCCUCCUGCCAUCAUGAUCCUCCUUGGCAGCAGCUGCAGCCGCCUGAGGGUGAAAAUGUGGGUGAUGGGGAAGUUGGUAAUGACUCCGCUGUUUUUUCUGUUGGCUCCUUUGGGUAACAGCUGCCCGCCCCCGGUGUACACUGUAGUUUAUUGCAGGGAAAUCCUGUACCUCUCUUCCUUUUCUACCGAUUUCGCACUUUCCUCUUUGCUCUCCACCAAGUGUAAUCAAUAACAAGCACUGGCGAUACAUAGCAAUAGUGAAAUCUGAAAUACUAACAAUAAUUAGAUACCACAGCCAUGGAUCUGGCUGGGUAAAACUCAAUUGGAUAUUUCAGUUUCAUUCAUUUACCCUUGAAAAAAAAUCGGGGAUCAGUUCCCCAUUUACCCUUCUGAUCCUCUUCCUUUUUAAACGGGCCAAAAACCAAACUAACCCCACCAGAUGGAUUUAAAGGAUUGGGCUGGUGUUAGCUGCGUUUUGUUGUACACCUAAAUCUUGAUGAAAGGCUUCUAAUUUUACUUAACACCCUCCCGCCCCCCCCUCCCCCAGUUUUUAUUUUGGCAAUUAAGUUGUCUCCCAUAAAUGUGUGUUCAAAAUUUUUGAUUCAAACUCUUUCCUCUCUUUCUUCCCUUCUUCCCCCAUUCCUAUCCAUUCCAAAAUCUUAUUGUCCAAGACAUGAUUGGAUGGCAAUUUUUUUGUUAACCCUCUAAUAUGAUAGUCUCCUAAUAAUUGCCUGGGGUGCAUUUUUGGGUUACAGCUGUUUUAGCUAUUCAAUCAUAUUAGCAGGAAUAAAUCGACUUGUUUCUGUUGUACUUGAGUCUUAAGAAAAAGUGCCCAUAGUUUAGCGACAAUUUCCAAAGGCUUUAGUACCACCUGUAUUUUACAAAAUGGGGGACCCAAACUCCCGGAAGAAACAAGCUCUGAACAGACUUCGUGCUCAGCUUAGAAAGAAAAAAGAAUCUCUAGCUGACCAGUUUGACUUCAAGAUGUAUAUUGCCUUUGUAUUCAAGGAGAAGAAGAAAAAAUCAGCACUUUUUGAAGUGUCUGAAGUGAUACCAGUCAUGACAAACAAUUAUGAAGAAAAUAUUCUGAAAGGUGUGCGAGAUUCCAGCUAUUCCUUGGAAAGUUCCAUAGAACUUUUGCAGAAGGAUGUAGUACAGCUCCAUGCUCCCCGCUACCAGUCCAUGCGAAGGGAUGUAAUUGGCUGUACUCAGGAGAUGGAUUUCAUUCUUUGGCCUCGGAAUGAUAUUGAGAAGAUUGUCUGUCUCCUGUUUUCUAGGUGGAAAGGAUCUGAUGAGCCCUUUAGGCCUGUUCAGGCCAAGUUUGAAUUUUAUCACGGUGACUACGAAAAACAGUUUCUGCAUGUUCUGAGCCGAAAGGACAAGACUGGAAUUGUUGUCAACAAUCCUAACCAGUCAGUGUUUCUCUUCAUUGACAGACAGCACUUGCAGACUCCAAAAAACAAAGCUACAAUCUUCAAGUUAUGCAGCAUCUGCCUGUACCUGCCACAGGAACAGCUCACCCACUGGGCGGUUGGUACCGUUGAGGAUCACCUCCGCCCUUACAUGCCAGAAUAGAGUACUGGCCAGCAAAAUGGGGAAGAUCACAGAAUGCAGCAGCAAUUUUUUUCUUGUUUUCUUACCAUUUUAUUCUUUCAGAGUUUAGAAGAAAAUGGACUCAUGCACAGAACACUAUACAUUGUGAAACUUCUUCAUCCUGGAUCUUUCUUUUAUCAUUUGUAUCUCGGAACUUAAAAAAAAAAAGAUGUCUUCUGCAUGGACCUUGUGAAAGAAGAUGCUUUGCAUAAUACUGCAUUGCAUCAGCAUCUUACUAAAAUGUGAAAUGAAAGGACUGUUGUACACUGAAAUGCUUAAAUGUAUCUGAAAGCACAAGGUGAAAUUCAUUUGUGAUGGUCUUCCCAUUUGUGCUGGUUAUGCCUCCCCAACAUUUUGUCAUCAAUAUUCAGAGGGUGAGAAGUGAAUGUAACAGGUAUAUACAUUUUUUUUUAAAAGCAGCCUUUGUUUGCUGUAAUCAGUUCUAGACCACUGUCCAAUUCAUUCUAAUGAACAGAAAUGGUUGCUACAAUAGUAGUGGGGAAAGAAAUCUCACAUGAAAAAAGAAUUUCAUUCAUUGUAGGCAUUUUUGCCUCUUAUUUUUGCUAGGUCAUGUUUCAUUUCCUAGCACUUCAAUGUCUUUUUCAGAUCUCUUUCCCCAAGUUGCUGUGUAAAGAGUAUUCUGCUGAGUGGAUACAAUUGUACACAUUAAAGCAGACCUGGAGUCUGAAGUAGCUUAAGCAGCUAUUAAAAGUAAGACAAAAUAUAUUUGUAGCUGCAAAAACCAUUCAUGAUAGAAUUUAUGUUUCCUUGAAGAGAUGACACUUUUUUUAAAAAGCUGGUAAAUUGUGCAGGAAAUACUGGUUUCAAAAAUGUCAUAAAAAAAAAACCCAGUAAGGUUUUUUUUGUUUGUUUUUUUUUUUUUUUAAGUAGAAAUUAUAAAACAGUUGUGAUCUUAAAUUGUAAAAUAGUGUUUUUGGAGUGUCAAAGUUGGUUCUGACAGAACAUAUUUUGUUAAGAUUGUGCAAUGAACCUAAGGAAGACUACUGUAUAGGGUUUUUUGUUUUUUUUGUUUUGUUUUGUUUUGUUUUUGUUUUGUUUUGUUUUAAAAUGAAGAAGGCUUUGCUUAAGGUUUAAGUACUUUAUUGGAGUAAAUCUGUAUAAGCCUGCUCCCUUGGGGUAAAAACUAGUGCUUACCUGUUUCAAAUUUAUAUUAGCUUUUGUUUGGAAUUGGAAAAACAGAGAUCUAAAUAAAAUAGGUGAAAGCUA